AUGAAAGCCUUCUUAAAGAAUCUGGUCUACAAGACCCUCCUCUCGGAGGCAUCGAAUACGCCUCUGGUGCAGCGCGCGGCGGCGAAGGCUGCUCGCAUGGAGCGCGAGUUGACCGGGGAGAAGCUCGGGCUGUGGCUCGGCGCCGCUGCCCGUGAGGUCUCCAACGACAUCCGCUCCAGCUGCAAUAUAAUGCGUGCCUACCUCAACCGUGACGCAGUGCCAAAACCGCAGCAGUCAGUGUCGGCAGCGGGCGGGCAGGCGGGGACUGUCGGUAACGGCCCUAAGCCACCUGAGGGACGGUGA